ACGUUCGCAGUGCCACCCGUGUGCUAAGCGCGUGUGCUCUCAGGGCCGGCAGCUGUCAUCUCUGUGUGAAAUCUUUAGCGCCCUGCUAUGUUCCGCCGCGUGGCGUACUCCGUGCUCGGCCGUGGCGCGCCCGCGUCGUAUUUUAGGGUCCAGUCGUAGCGAAAUGCUGAAUUACUGCCGCAUAAAUAUAUUUUUGUUGGUCGCGUAGUGUUAAUAACUCCACCGCGAGUGCCUUUAGAAGCCGUUCCGUGUCGCUGAAUGAAGUGCGCCCACGUGCAUUUGUUGUAUACAUCUCAUCAAGAUUAAAUUACACACCGGUUCUUGCUCAAGUAAUGAAUAUCUCGUGUCCAUACGCAAUGUAGAAUUUUUAUAGUCGGAAGACAAUUUUCCUACUAGAUAAUAGCCAACGGUAGAGAAAAAGGAGUAGCUUUAACACUAUCGCUAGAAAGCAUCUCGUAAUAAUUGUGGAGCUACAGAAUAUGCACGCAAAGCACACAGAAUAGUACGAAGCAUUGACGAUAGGUCGGUUCUCUUAGCAAGAAUGUGCUGACAGCGACUGUUGCCGCCACUACUUGUAAAUUUAAGGACAGUGCCUAUGCCGUCAACGCUUGUGAAUGAUUGUAGCGAUCUCUCAUGACGAUAGCAGCGAAUAUUUUUGAAGCUGUUCGGUCCGACCCCAUGUGGCCCAACAGCCUGGCGGCCGGGUGCAACCCGGAUGGCGACCUGGCGUUCCCGCCGUUCAGCAGCCCCUGCGGCUCGGGCUCCAGCGCCACCAGCAUGGCCUACCUCAAGAGCUCGCCCUACUCCGUCAACGGCAUCGGCCUGCCCAUGCCAUCCAUGGACUCGCUGCAUUCCAGCAUGGGCUACCCCUCCGCUGCCAACCCUCGGAAGCAGCGCAGGGAGCGCACGACGUUCACGCGCGCCCAGCUGGACGUUCUGGAGGCGCUGUUCGCCAAGACGCGCUACCCGGACAUCUUCAUGAGGGAGGAGGUCGCCCUGAAGAUCAACCUCCCAGAGUCCAGGGUACAGGUGUGGUUCAAAAACCGGCGCGCCAAAUGCCGGCAGCAGCAGAAGCAGCAGCACCAGCAGCAGCAACAGAACGGCGGUGAUAAGGGCGGCGGAGGCGGCGGUACGGGCGGCGGCCGCUCGGGCGGGGGCGGCGCGGCCAAGGCCGGCAAGGCGGCGUGCGGGGGUGGCGCCAGCAACAAGUCGCCGUCGCCCGGGUCGGCGGCGGGGCCGGGCGCGGUGCAGCAGGCCCCGCAGCCGCCGGGGGCGGUGGUGGUGUCGCCGCAGACGACGAGCGACGGCUCGGCCACCAGCUCGCCCAGCGUGGCGGCGGCGCGCGACUCGCCCGGCGCCGGCGCCUACAUCAAGCCGCUGCAGCUGUCCGCGUCGCCCCCGGGGGGCGGCUACAACCCGGCCGCCAUCUGGAGUCCCGCCGCUAUCGACUCCUGCCUGGACCAGCCGCACCACCACCGCCCGGCCGUCCCGGCGCCACCCCCGCCGCCUCCGCAGCAACCUUACGCCACCCCUGGCGCCACCACCGCGGGCACCGGCGCGGGUUCUGCCGCCGCCCAGGCCGCUAACUGCUACCCGCACCAAAACUAUGGCGCGUACUACACCAACAUGGACUACCUCAGCCCGGUAGCGAUGUCUCACUCGCAGCUAAACGUGCCGGAAAAUUCCUUAGAGACUUCUUGGGCAAAAAGCAGAGAAGAAUCUUGGUUUUAUAAUUCAUCUGGCUGGGACAGAAAAUGAGAUUUGUUGUUCACAGUUAGUCUAGUUCCAAGAUGACCUCAGUAUACACAAAACCAAGGUGACCUCUUCCACACCUGGCAGCAUGGAAAUGACCUGUAGGCAUUGCCAGGAAUCAUCAUAGGAUUCAGAGACAAUACAGUCCAUUGUGGCCAGUUUUUGGGGCAAAUAGUUCAUAAUUAUGAAGUUGGCAAAAGUGAUUUGAAAUUAAAAAGAAUUGGAGGUAUUUAAACAUCUUUGUCAAUAACUUGUACAGGUUGCCUCACACAGAAAAUUGUUUUUUUUCUUGUUUUUUAAAACAUGUAUCACAACACUGUCACUGUAAAGUUAUUUUUACAUAAGCUCAAAAAUAAAUGUAAUGAGUCUACUAUCACUGGAAACACAGUGAUAUGUCAUUGACUUGCCACUUUUUCCUCUAAGCAAUGUAAUAAAUGAAGAAAUGUCAUUUACUUUGACCUAAAUGUCAGGAUGAACAAUUUGAAAAUUAUUUCCCUAACUGUUUCAGUGUCUUAAAUGAUGUAAUUUUACUAUCAAUUUUCAAAUAGCUUAUCUUAUUACCUCAGCUUUUUUCAUUUGGGAUGCUGAUUUGUGUCCACUUAAUUUCAAGGUGUAUAUUUACAUACAUAUCAUUCUUACAGUAUUCUUCCAAGCCUUUAUAUGGAAAAAGUACAAAAUAUUUUCUUGUAUAUAACAGAAGUGCUGCCCAAACACACACACACACACACACACACACACACACACACACACACACACACACACACACACACACACACACACAAACUAUUAAACUGUUGAGUGGGGAGUGACAGUGAGUACCUUAGGUUUAGGCCAGGGAGGUUACGGGAGCAAAGUACAUGUUGUAAGAAUAGCUCCCAUCUGUGCAGCUCAGGAAAGCUGAUGAUGGUGGGGAGGAUUCAGAUGGCACAGGUUGUGAAGCAGCCACUGACAUCUUGCAUGUUGUGCUCUGCUGCAUGUUGUGUCACUGGGUGUUCUACUUUGUUUUUUGCAGUAGUUUGGUGUCGGCCAUUCAUUCUAGUUGACAGCUGGUUGAUUGUAAUACCAACAUAAAAUGCUGUGCAGUGGUUGCAGCAGAGCUGGUACACGACAUGGCUCCUUUCACAGGUGGUCCAGCCUCUGAUGGGGUAGAAUAAGUCUGUGAUGGGACUGGAGUAGGAGCUGCUUCACAAACCAUGCCAUCUGUAUCCUCCACACCACCACCAGCUUUUCUGAGCUGCAUGGGUGGGAGCUAUCCUUACAGCCCAUCCUCCGCCUCUGUAACCUCACUGGCCUAAACCUAAGGUAACUCACUGUCCUUCCACUGCCCACCCAAUAGUGUGUGUGUGUGUGUGUAUGUGUGUGUGUGUGUGUGUGUACAUACACCAUUCCCUGCCCCAGUACCCCCAUCCAAUACGUAUCAGCUAGUUGUGUGCUGCAGUUCGCCAUCUCUCACCCUAGUCUGUGAAACUGUGUUCCCUGCCAUCUGCCCCCUCUACUUACAACCCUAGCUAGCCUACAGAUGGCUCCUUACUUUCCCAAAAGCUGCUAGACACUUACCCCCAACCACCUCCCUGCCUCCUGCCUUUCUCCAUCCCUCACCCCACUCCAACUUGUACUCCCCAACCCCCACCUCACCCUAGUACACAUCAUGGGCCAAGAAAGAGCUGGCAGUCGACUGAGACAGGCAUGUGCAAAUGAGUACUGGUGAUCUUCACCAAGAAUAAAGAGCAACUAGAAGAAUGGGCAUGCCAUUCUCUCCCUCCAAGUACUGCAACAAAGAAAGGUCACACUAUACUUACAGUGAGGCCAAUAGCCCAAUCACAGGCUGUGCACCAUAAACUUUACUGUUUCUUUUUCCUUCUGUGCAGUUGUGAUACAAACACGCAAGUUUUCAGGUUGCACUGUGAUUACUUCUGGUUUCUGCAUUUCAACACAUAUGUGCAUAGUACAAUACAACUAAGGUGAAAGUGCAAAACUUACAUAAUUAAGUUUGAGAAGAAGGAGGUACGUACUGGCAGAACUGAAACUUUGAGGUCAGGUCAUGAGUUGUAGAGGGAUAGCUCAAUUGGAUUUGAGUCCCAGUCUAGGGUACAAUUUUCAUUUGCCAGCAAGGUUCUAAACAAAACGUACCUGUUUGCAACUACUCUGGAUGUUUUUAAUAAAUGUAGUGUAAUGAGUGUAUUUUCACAGCAAAAUAUAACAUCAUUCCCAUAGAUUUCAAGCGUGGAAUAUUUGCAGUUGUGAAUGUACUGCUGAAGUAUAUCCACAAAAUGAUGAAUGUUUGAAGACUUAUGUAGUCUCUCACAAACAGCUACACUGGCUGUUUUUAACAUGCUAAUGUAAAUUAUCAUAUUCAAGAGGAAAAAAAAAAACAAUUUUUCUCAGAUCAAUGUUGACUUAAUUUAUAAUUAUGAAUAUAUUGCAACUAUUUAAAAGCGAAUGGCAGUAACUGAAAUAUUUUACCUCACACUUCUUUUUUAUCUUUGCCUGUACCAGGAUUCACUGACAAUAUGUCUCAAAUAAAUAACCUUGGGUGACAAAUGUUAAUGUGUCCUGAAAGGUUUUCCACAGUUUAAAUAAAGGGGCAUAUUACCAGCUGGAAAUGGAGAGGCAAAGAACCUGCUAAUAUAGCAGAUAACUGAUGAUGAUGAUUACCAGCUGUCCUCCAUUACUUCUAGUCAUAGAUUGUAAGGAAAUUAUUCUGUUUGAGGCAACCUGUGUUAUAAUAAUAUAAGUGACUUCCUUCAUGAAAUACAGUAAAAAUUCUGAUGUUUACUGAUAAUAAACUGUGUAUUGUAUCCUACAUUAUAAUUAUUGACAAUUUAAGACAUUAUUAACAAUUUUUAUUAUAUAUAUUUUUAAAAAUGUUGCUAUUGUUGAGUACUAAAUCUUUUUUCUGUGGCUUGGAUACUGGACUAUGUGCAUUCAGUGGAGAUUAAUGAAUACUAGCCACACACAUGCAGCCCUCAAAGCAGGCAAGGGUUUCAUGUUUCCAUUUAACUCUGUUGUGUACAUUAUGAAAGUUGGAAAUGUUUUUCCAGAAUUUUAUAUGUCUCUCAAACUGCUUUCAAAAUACAAUUAUAUUAAUUUACUUAAAGGGAAGAGUGCAAUAUGUGAACAUGGCAGAGUAUAAAGAAACAAAGGUGGCACAGAUGCAGUUUAUUUUAUACAGAAAUUAAUUUGGCAACCUGCAGUAAAUUUGUUCCUUUGUUCAGCACAAUAAGGUAAAAACUACACACUGGAGCUGAACUGACUGCUUCAAUGACAUUUUUAAACUUUAAAAUAGAAGUAAAUGCAUUUCUAAGCUGGGUUAGUUUCUUCGAAUAAUAAAAAUAACAACAACAAUGAUGACUAACGCAGAUGUUUUUUCUCUAAACAUUAAUCUCACACUGCAUGCACAUUAUCUGAUGUCUGCAACCAUGGCAUAUGUACUCAAAGAGAUUGAGUUCUUUUCAAGAAAAUGCUUAUUAUUUGUGUAAAUAUUAUGUACAAGAUCCUUCUAGAAAGAGUACAAGCAAAAACCAAAUGUACUGCUCAGAAAUGUGGCAAGUUCAAAACUAACAUAGACUGGAUGACUAUACUGUAUUCUGUAGUUGCUUGAAGUUAAAGAAUUGCGAUAUGCUGUAUAUGUAUCCUUAAUAAUGUAAUGAAAAUUAGAGGGAGUCAAAUAGA